UAAUAAUAAAUCAUAAUUGUUAGAAAACUUUAUAAAAAUGUCAUUAAAACUAUCACUACUAUGUUUGUGUGUGUUUUCAACAUACACUGCAUUAUCAUUACAUUUAAAUCAUGAAAAUACUAGCAAUAAUGAUAGUAAUAAAAAUCCACAAAAAUUAUUGAUUAUAUUAGUCGAUGGCUUUCGAUGGGAUUACGCCACCCGAGCAUCUAAGGGCUUCUCGACAAUUGCCCGCAACGGUGUUAAAGCCCCGUAUGUAACGCCCAUAUACCCGGCCAAUUCAUACCCUAACUGGGCCUCAAUAGUGACUGGACGGUAUGCCGAGCACCAUGGUUUCCUUGAUAACUAUGUCUAUGACUCGGCUGAAAAAGACUUUUUCCUAAUGGGUACUAAUGCUAAUUCAUCGCACAUUCACUGGUGGAACCAAUCGUUGCCCAUAUGGACAACGGCUGAAAAAAAUAAUGUGUCGACUGCUAUGUAUUUAUGGGACGGAUGUCAGGUUCCUAUUGACGGUAUAACACCUAACUAUUGUCUUAAGUAUCAUUCGGUCAGUGAUAACAUGGAAGUGGCUAACAAUGAAACACGAGCUCAUAUUAAGACUAUUUUGGAUAACUUUUCCAAUAAUAAGCACAGACUGGCGCUCUUAUACCACGAAUAUGUUGAUCAUAUAGGCCAUUCAUGGGGACCCGAAACUAUUAAUGUUACAAAUGCUGUGAUUGGUAUCGACCAAAUACUACAGGAGUUGUACGAUGAGAUAAAGGUUAGAAAGUUAGACAAUGAGCUAAAUGUGGUGAUAGUAUCGGACCACGGGAUGGUACAGGUCGAUGGAUUUAAAAAAAUACAUAUAAGUCAAUUCGUUGACUUUAAUAAUGAUGUUGAGAUGCUUUUAGGCGGUGGUUCUGGUGCUCAGUUAAAUCCCAAACCCGGCAAAGAGGAUAAGAUUUUUAAUGCACUCAACAAACUUGAAGGUAUUAAAGUCUACAAACGAGAUGACAUUCCCGAUGAGUUUCACUUUAAACAUAAUAAAAAUGUGUUCCCAUUGUUGGUAACCGUAGAUCUGGGAUACGAUAUGGCAGUUCCAAGUUCACCUGGUAAAGUGUACCCAGGUGGAGAGUCAGGUAUAUCGCCCUAUCCACCGACUGGUGGUCGACAUGGUUAUGAUAGACACGUUACCGAUAUCCGUGCUAUAAUGUAUGCAUUUGGACCGGCAUUGAAGGCCAACUUUGUGUCGGAACCGUUAGAUAUGGUCGAUCACUACAAUCUGUUUUGUCAUAUACUUGGUAUUGUUCCCUCACCUAAUGAUGGAAACGAAAGCAAAAUUAUGAAAAUGUUAAAAUAAUAAUAAAUAAAAUAUAAUAUUAA